AUGGAACAACAUCGAGAUAGGGCUGCUGGUGGAUCUGUUAAUAGUCCUCCAUGGUUUGAUGGAGGAUGUGAAAAGUACACUCAAUGGAAGAUAUACAUGAAAUCAUACUUGUAUGCGCAAGAUGAACAUGUAUGGAACAUUGUGGAAAAUGGCUGGAAGACACCAAUAAUUCCAGCUAAAGGCGAGGGCUUAUCAGUCUCUAUUCCUAAGCCACAGAAGGACUGGACUGACGUAGAAGUACCUGAUCUUCAAGCUGACUUCAAAGCAAAAAACAGCAUUUUCACAGCUCUCUCUGAACGUGAAAAGCUGAGGAUUAGUCACUGUGACACUGUAAAACAAGCUUGGGAUCUGCUGCAGACUACAUAUGAAGGAAACAAAAAGGUACGUGCACAAAAACUGCAAGGUCUGAUUUAUGAAUUUGAAACUAUGACCAUGAGAGAUGAUGAAACCGUAGAUGACUUUCAUGGUAGAAUUCUAAAGAUUACUGGUCAAUGUCGUAGUCUAGGUGCCCCUUUUGAUGAAGAUAAGGUUGUCAAGAAAAUACUUAAAGCCUUAUCAGAAAAGUUUCACUCUAAAGUCACUAGUAUUGAGGACUUUUUUGACAUUGAUGAAUACCCUUUGGAUGAACUCAUUGGAAAUCUAAAAACUUAUGAACUAAGACUAAAACUUGAAAAGAAAUCCAAAGGUGUGGCUUUCAAGGCUGUGAAAGGGAAAGAAGAGGAAGAUGAACUACUUGAUCUUGCUCUUCUGACCAAAGAGUUCAAAAAGUUUCUUAGAAAUAAAUCCUCCUCUCAAAGUUUCAAUGCUCCCAAGAAAAAUUUUGUUAACAAUGAUAACAACGUUAAAGGGAAUUUUGGAGCAAAUAAAUCUGGGAAAAUAAAAUGCUAUGAAUGUGGUGGCUAUGGCCAUAUUUCUACUGAUUGUGGUAACAGGAAGCAUGGAAAUAGCAACAAUAAAUCCCUCCUCUCGACAUGGAGUGAUGAUGAACAUCAGGAGGUCGAAAAUGUUGCCUUCGUGUCGUCUCUUUCACUUGAAUCUGAAAGUGAUGAAGAAUUCUCAGAUGAUGAGACUAAUGUCCGCUGCAAACAACUCUAUAAAGCGUCAAAAGCCACAUUAAUAAAAAAUGCAAGUUUGGAGGAUGAAAUUAUGUUGCUGAAGGCUAAAAAUGAGAAGUUGGAACUUAAAGAGCUGAAGUCCACUCAAGAGAAGUUCACAAAGUUUGAGAUAAGCUCUACAACAGCAUCUAGGUUGUUCAGCUCUGGAAAAGCCCACCAUGAUACAUUAGGACUUGGAUAUUAUGGAGAAAGCUCCAAAGGCACACACUUUGUGAGAGAGUCCAAUUCGGAAGUGGAGAAAAGUGAUCCAACCACCCAAGUCAUCAAGGACACUAUCACAAGGGUUGACAAGGAACCAAAAUCUUCUCAGAAUGUUACUCAUGUAAGGAUGAAUCAGAUGCUUCCAACUGAUCAUACCAGGUAUCCAACUCUUAAGUCUUUUAUUCCUACAUGUCAUUACUGUGGUAAAUUAGGACAUAUCAGACCAAGAUGUAAUGAGAGACAUAAGUCAAUUCCAUCUGGUGAGGAAAAGCUAUCUGUAAAAUCUUUACAUUGUGAGCUUAAAGAGCAGAAAGAGCUUAUCAACAAAUUGGCUAACCUGAUUACUAAAGCAAACAUGCAAAAUAGAGAUAAACCUGUCUGGAUUAGAAAGGACUUGAAUAAUCAUUGUUCUAAUCACUCUGAUUCUACUGACACUAUUAGUGAUAUAUGUCUCAUGACAAGUGUAAGUACAAAUAAUUCUCCAACAUAUAUUGAAGCAACCUGCCUGGUAGCACUCACUGCCUUGGCAGACAAGAGGAAGGAUUUCUGGUAUGUGGACAGUGGUUGCUCCAGACACAUGACUGGAGAUAAAUCUUGGUUCAUCUCAUUCGAAGAUGAAAGCACUACUGGUUCAGUUACCUUUGGUGAUGGAAGAAAAGCAAAAAUUCUUGCACGAGUAACAGUCAAUACUCCUGGAAUUCCUAAUCUAAAAAAUGUUUUGUAUGUAGAAGGUUUAACUGCCAAUCUAAUAAGUGUCAGUCACUUGGCUGAUGAUUAUGAGGAUGUUUGGUUCAACAAGCAAAGAUGUGUGAUUCUCGAUAAAAAGGGAGAAAAUAUUAUGAGAGGUAAGAGAUCUUCAGAUAAUUGUUAUCACAUUCAAUCUAAUGAAUCUCUAAAUGUACAGGAUUGCUUGUCUGUGAGAUCUGCGGAAGAAACCUUCGAAAUAUGGCACAGAAGAUUAGGACAUGUAAACUAUCAGGAUCUACUCAAAUUAUCCACUAAGCAGUGUGUCAGAGGUCUACCAGCACUAAGUGGUAGGACCGACAAGAUAUAUGGAGUAUGCAAAAUCGGUAAGCAAGCAAGAUCUCCUCAUAAAAUAAUAAACGCUGCCACUACCACAAGAGUAUUAGAACUGCUGCAUAUGGACCUUAUGGGACCAGCUCAAACAGAAAGCAUUGGAGGUAAGAAAUACAUACUUGUGAUCGUUGAUAAUUUCUCCAGGUACACUUGGGUUAAUUUCCUAAGAGACAAAGGUGAAACCUUUGAAUCAUUCAAGGGCUUAAAUCAAAGAAUAAAAAUUGAAAAACAGUCCACAAACAUGUGCUUAGUAAGAGUAAGGUCAGAUAAUGGAACUGAGUUUAAAAAUGCUGCUUUUGCUAACUACUUUCAUGAGUUAGGUGUUUCCCAUGAGUUUUCAGCCCCGAUCACUCCACAACAAAAUGGAAUAGUUGAGCGCAAAAAUAGAGUGCUGUUGGACAUGGCAAGGGUAAUGCUGCAUUCUGCUGGUCUAAGCUCGAACUUUUGGGCUGAGGCAAUCAGUACUGCAUGUUACACCAUUAAUAGAGUCUUCUUGAGACCUGGAACUGUCCAAACAGCUUAUGAGCUGUGGAAAGGUAAGAAACCAAACAUAAACCACCUUCGUGUGUUCGGAAGCCCUUGCUACAUAUUAAGAGAUCGAGAGCAACUCGGAAAAUUUGAUGCUCGAAGCGAUGAUGGUAUCUUCCUUGGAUAUUCUAUUAAUAGUCGGGCAUAUAGAGUCUAUAACAAAAGAACCAGGAUUGUUAUGGAAUCUAUUAACGUGUCUAUUGAUGAUUACUAUACUAGACAAGAGGAAGCCUUUACCGAUACAUCAUCUCCUUUCAGCUCAGAAUCAGAAGACGCAUCAGCUACUGAUGACCAGAAAGAGGAUGAUGACAACAUCUUCGAGCCAGCUCCUCAAAUGAAAAGAGGGUUCAAGCAAGUACAAAAAGAUCACUCUCGUCAAGAUAUUAUUGGACAAAUCUCAGAUGGUCUCAAAACAAGAAGCCAAGCUGCUCCACAGGGACUAAGUGGAUAUUCAGAAAUAAAAGUGAUGAAAAAGGGAAUGUAA